UAUACACCGAGUUCCUGCGUGCUUUUGGAGAUUGCCAAUUGCCAGAGUGUCAUUGCUAGAUGGCGAUGUAGCAUUGAGGCAUCACGAAUUAGAGCCUCUAAGCGAAAUUACGCCCCGCGUCGCGCUCACGACGUGACGCGACAAUACUUCUAGCGAGAACACACCACCCCUUUUCAACAUGCGGCACUCAACUCGGUCACGGGAAUCAAUCUGUGGCGACAAUGCGGAAAACCAUUGGGAGCUGUCUUCUUCAGCCUCAAGUGGGGCUCAAUUGAGUCCCGACUACAGACCAUGCAUUGGCGGCAGCGAUUCUGAAGGACAAGACAAUCCUUUAGCACCACCAUUCCACGAAUGUGCACCGAAAAAGAAGCGGACCGUGUUCCUGUGGACUUGUUGUGUAUGUCUAUGCUCUGGAAUGCGAGUAUCGGCCGGGUCCUGUCCAGCUUGCGGGACCGCGCGCUGCUCGUAUUGUCGAGUAGAGAAGACUGUCACGAGAGAGUAAGGAAGUUGGUUUUGGGUGGGAAAGCAUUCGUAGCGCCAGUCUACCAAAUGCUACAUGUUGGAUGGAGACCCUGUACUAGGAAUCCUUCGACAGAGUGAUAUCCGGACAUUAGCCAGAAGGGGGGUUAGACAACCAUCUUCCGGCCGAUCCGGAUGACCGCAAGGAAGGACCAUUACGAUCAUCAUAAUCAAUUUGAACACUAUUCCAUUAAUCAAUUUGGCGGUAACGGAUCCAUCACUAGAUGAAUCUGCCGAACCCGCUUAAACAGACUUCACGUUGGAAGAUAAUGAGGAGUUAAAGCACACAUCAACGUUGUAUAC